ACUCAUAAUAAGAAGGCUUUACCGUAAUCUCGAUUGUCAAUACACACCACAAAGAGAUAGUUGACAUUGUUAAACUCUUGUAUUUUGGUAAAAUCACCCAAAAUUUUAUUUCCUGAAUGACCUAGAUGAUCUUAAAGUCAGAAUAAAAAACACAAGGUAGGAACAAUAAUGAUGGCGCUAACCAAACUAAAAUAAAAUAAAAUAAUGGUCUCUACAUUAGUAUAUUCAUUUAGAAUUUGCUAGAUUCUAGCAUUUAAUUGGGACUUGAUUUUCAAUUGCUUUUAUUUUGAAUAUAUCCGAGAAGAUGUAAAUGAAGAAUCGAAGGCACUGCAAAUGAAACCAAAGUUUGUCUAGUUUGAUCAAGACGGUGGAGAUCAGAAUUUAACACCUGGUUAUGUUCUUAAAGCAAAGAUUUUAAUUGAUACUAACGUUAAUUUAUUUUUUGCGAGGAACCAUCUCUUUCAUUCUAAUAUACUUUUGAUUAGUUAAAGACGAAUAUAAUUAAGAAUUCUUAACUGAAUAUUAGGAAAAACAUGAAUAAAUUUACAAACUUUUUAUUACAAGGAAGAACAAGGCAUCUUCCUCUUAAAGGACGAACAAGACAAAGCACAAUUCGGAGAAGACAAAGAGGGACCAACAAUGGUUUUGUUAUGGAAACUAUCGUGUAGCAACUGUAGAAUGUAGAAAGGCCGGACUCAGAGAUCCACACCAGAUAGAAAAAGAAGGGGGAAGAGAAACGUCAGCCCUCUGAAUUUCUCUGAAGUCAGGCAAUGCGCCCGCCUCUCUGCUUCCGCUUCAGAGACGACCAAGACUCAACCUUCUUUCCCACCAACGCACACGACGAAUUGUCAACCAACCUUACCCUUUGACACCGUUUCUCUGUGUUUAAGUCGUUCAUUUUACAACAGUCAGAGAAAAAUCUACUGUAAACAGAAAUGGCCUCUGUUUUCCGCCGGGAAACCCAACAAUACCCACUCUGCGAGCUUCGAGCAGAGUGAAACCAUGGCCACAGACUACAUGAAUCUUGGGUUCGAGCCCUCUGAUCGCGGCGAUGCCGACGAUGAAGGUAAAGAGGGAGAAUCCGCCACCAGACUGUCGCCGCCGGGGACAAAUGUGAGGCACCACCAAUUGAGAAGGCGGAGAGGCGGUUGCGCUUCUGUUGAUUUCGUCAAUUCGUCGUCCUGCGAAGGAGGUCUGAAGGAUUUACCGCCGCCGACGCUGCCGAAUUUCGAUUCUCUUCCCGUUCCCCCUCGUCACAACUCUUUCCACCGCUGCUCUGUUUCCUCGGAUUUUGGGAACCAGAUCGGCGGAGGCGGUGGGGGCGGGAAUUUGUUUCGGCACCGUGGACGGUCGUUUACGCAGAAGAGGCUUACGAGGCAGAGGAAGCUGCGGCAUCUCGGCACCGAUGAGCUGCCGACGAUGUUGACCGAACGGCGUUGUUCUAAUUCGCAACCGGUGUCGCCGGAUUCCUCGGAGAAGCCGCCGUCUCCUCCGGGCGACGGGUCGGGGCGGUACUUCCCGGUGCCCCAACCGUUACCGCUGCCACAUCGUCGUUUCCACAGGAGGCUGCAGUCUGCGGGUCCAAAUUUGGGGUCGGGUCAUAACAUCGGGUCGCCGGACAAAAUCCCGUUCUCUUCCUUCCGCGGAAAGGUCCGGCAUUCCAGCGACCAAGAGAUCAUCACGCUAAACCGCAGCCGUUACUCGCCGCCGGAGUCGCCGGAUUUCAUCGCCAAGGCGAGAUCUUCGCCGGGGAAUUCGGACCGUCGGUCUGUAUCACCCUUACCGCAACCGCUGCCGCGUCCUGAUUCGUUCUUGAGUAGGAGGCCAGAGUCGCCCGUUCGUACCUUGAGCAGGAGGCCAGAUUCGCCCCUCCGGUCACCGAACGGCAGCGGGAAGAGCUCGUCUUCAAGGAAUGAUCAGAACGAGAUCGCCAGCAGGCCAGCUUCUAGAUCCUCGAGCAAUUGCCACGAAAUCAAUUUGUUGCCGAGGAGCUCAUCCACCAGCUAUUUCGCGAAUCUUUUCCCUUCUCGGCUCGCAACAGAACCGCCAUUGAUAUCUAUCAGCAACCGCCGGAAGGAGCUGCCCAAAGAUCUGAACGUCUGCCUUUCCUGCAAGUCUGGUUCCGUUCAUUCUCCACAGAGCACAUCUUCGAGUUGCUCUAGUCGUGCCGUCAGUCCACAUAGGUCAACGGCUGCUGGGAAUUGUUUGCCGUGUCCUGACGAAGUCCAUUUCCAUUCCGAUUUUGAGGUUCCAGAGUUCAGGCCAUCUGGUAACAUCUCACCAUCGUCAUUAGUGAAGCGUGCGCAAUCUAGCCCUGAUGUUUCUCCACUUCCGAGCCCAACAUUACAGAAAUCGUUCCCCUGCCCAAGAAGUCCCUCCAAAUCUCCAGUUCCAUGGCACCACACAUCUGAAGGCAGCAUCAAUCAGCUCAAUCCUUGCCCGUUGCCCCUGCCGCCUCCUUCGGUGGCCGCAUCUCCACCACAGUCGUAUAAUCCAUCACCCUGUAGAUCUCCACGAGCUAUGCUUGAAAAGACGCCUACUCCCCCGAGAAGGAAUCAAUGGCAGAAAGGCAAGCUUAUUGGUCGUGGCACAUAUGGAAGUGUUUAUGUGGGAACUAACAGGGAUACUGGAGCUCUGUGUGCAAUUAAGGAAGUUGACAUUAUCCCUGAUGAUCCCAAGUCUGCCGAAUGUGUGAAGCAGUUAGAGCAGGAAAUUAAAGUUCUUCGGCAUCUGAAACAUCCAAACAUCGUACAGUAUUUGGGCAGUGAGACGGUUGAUGAUCACUUCAACAUAUAUCUAGAGUACGUGUAUCCUGGGUCAAUCAGCAAAUAUCUCCAGGAGCAUUGUGAAGAUAUUACAGAAUCUAUUGUCCGCAACUUCACCCGUCAUAUUCUAUCUGGAUUGGCUUUCUUACAUGGGACAAAGACUAUCCACAGGGAUAUUAAAGGUGCAAAUUUGCUAGUUGAUGCAUCGGGCAUUGUUAAGCUUGCGGAUUUUGGGAUGGCAAAACAUCUUGCAGGCAUCUCAUAUCAGUUGUCGCUGAAAGGCACUCCCCAUUGGAUGGCUCCAGAGGUCAUACAAGCUGUGAUGCAGAAAGACGGCAGUCCUGAUCUUGCGUUUGCGGUUGAUAUAUGGAGCUUGGGUUGUACUGUGAUUGAGAUGUUCACCGGUAAACCUCCAUGGGGUGAUCUUCAAGGGCCUCAGGCAAUGUUCAAGGUGUUGAACAAAUCUCCGCCAAUUCCAGAAGCUUUAUCCGCCGAGGGAAAAGAUUUCCUUUUGAGCUGCUUCCGUAGAAACCCGGCUGACAGACCAACCGCUCUUGCUCUGCUUGAACACCCUUUUGUGACAGGUUAUUCAAGUGAUCUCAACGGAAAAACCAGCUCUCCAGCACCCUCUUUCGCAAUGCUUAUGGAUAAACCACAAGCGCCCAGAAAGCCUGCUGCUAGAAGAUUUGAUAUACUGCCAACCCUCCAAGGCACAAGGACGAUGAUUGAGACACUGUCCAUCAAUAAGCAAGUUAUCAGUAAUAUGCCAGUGAGCAACCAUCCUUUGUCAAUUUUAAGAAGUCAUGGAAGGGAGGUUUCCUACAUGUGAAGCAACCGUUUCUUUUGGGGGGGACUCUGCUCACUGUUAGGACAUUGGUUAGGACCUUUAGCCGUUUCUUCUGUAAAACUCACUGCCAGGAAUGGGGCCCUUCGCAGUCUAGGUCCGGCUGGAUGAGAGUCGACAUGUCCAUUGCCGGUUGAUUCAUUUGUUCCUUCUAGUAUUUCCUCCUCUUCUUCUUCUUCUUCCUUGUUCAUAUUCCUUGUUAGGAAUUAUAGCUUCUGUGUAUAUACUUACAAAUUGCAUUCAUGCACAUGUACCGGAAAGACAGAGACUAGUUUAGGCUGGGGGAAAAGGGAAGCAAAAAUGAAAGUGUACAUAGGUAAGAGAAACAGUCUGAUAAUGCUUCCUUCGAAUUUGGUUCAUCUCUUUGACUGAGGUAAAAUAUUUGCCUCCAAUUUGUGGUUGUAUAAGUAACAAAUAUGGAGCAUUCUG